AUGAACAACCCUGGGUUAGUUGAACUCGCUGUUUAUGACCUAAGUCAUGGAAUGGCUCGAAGCUACUUGAGUAGUUUCUUAGGGAUUGAAGUAGAAGCGAUUUAUCAUACAGGAGUGCGGGUCUAUGGAUACGAGAUUUUCUAUUCUGACGGAAUCAAGCAAAUGCCACCAUAUGAAGUGGAGUCUACUUUUGGGAUGCAUCCAAUGGAGAUCAUUCCUAUGGGAUAUACAGAACUCCCCGAGGAAAUCAUUAUCGGGUUUAUUGAAGAAAACAGCUAUCGCUUUACCGUCGAAACGUACGACCUCCUUACUCACAAUUGCAACAACUUUUCUGAAGAGUUCGUCAAUUUCCUCACAGGAAACCAUAUUCCGGACAAAAUCCUCAACCUUCCAUCUGUAUUUCCGUCUCUCUUUCUUUUUAUUUCAGACUCUUCUCAACACUCCGCAAGGUCGUUUCUUAGCCCCACUUCUCGAACAAAUGGGCGUAACGCGAGCGAUUCCUCUUUCUCAGUCCUCUUCAUCCGCGCCAGCACUUCAAUCCUCUCAGUUUUCGCAAUCAUCGCAAUCAUCGCAAUCAUCGCAAUCAUCUCAACCACAUCUGCCCUCUCAGCCCUCUCAGCCCUCUCAGCCCUCUCAGCCCUCUCAGUCUGCGAUGGCUUCGCUUCUUUCUCCCCCUACGCGCGUUCCCAAGCAGGCUUCGCCCACUCCGCCCAUCGCCACGCGUGA